AUGACGUUAGCUAUGAGUGACAAUGGCAAGCGAAGUGACAAUGAUGCUCAUAUUGUUAUCACGGGGAAGAAAGGAACCAGAACAGGUACAACUAUAUUAGUAAGACCAGAAAUGAAAGACAAUGUCAUGCACAUGUUUGCGGACCAUUUAUUAGGAGUUUCUAGUAAUGUUUCUAAACGGUACGAACUAGAAUGGGAAAGUUAUGACUAUGACGGAUAUAAUGGCCAAGGUAUGGCUGCCAACUUCGUUGAUAUAGAUCAGGGGAAUCUACAAAAGUAUCACCAGAAUAUUAACGAGUUGGCUGACAAUUUUCACUUGAGUGAUAACGUUGAUGGUGACAAACAAGUACCAAAGAAAUUGUGUAUGGCAUGGGGAGGUAGUUCCAGUGCUGGUAGUGAUACAUUCAUGCUGGGGGAAGUAUACUCCGAGGACUUUGGAGGGGUCGAUGGUGACUGUGAAGGAGCGUAA